GCAUCAAACCCUAACCCUGAGCUCCAGCUGCCACCGAUGGCGCCGCCGCCCACGCCCUCUCCGCGGCCGGGGCCGCCGCCCACGCCGCAGGCGGGGAUGGCGACCCCGCUCAGGACGCCCGCCUCGAAGCACCGCCUCCACUUCCCGGCCACGACGCCGAGGAACGGUAACGGCGGAGGCGGAGGCGGCGCCGCGGCCACGGAGCACCCGGUGGAGGUGAUCGGCCGCAUCCGGAACCUCGCCGCGGGGGCGGGCGGCGCGUCGGCGCUGGAGAUCGCCGGCGGGGGCACCGCCGUGCGCGUCCGCGGGGACGCCGGCGGGUGCCGCGACUUCACCCUCGACGGCGUGUCGGUCUCCGAGGAGGAGGACCUGGAGGGGUUCUACCGCCGGUUCGUGCGCUCGCGGAUCGAGGGGGUGCGUGUGGGCGCCAAGUGCACCGUCAUGGUGUACGGCCCCACCGGCUCCGGGAAGAGUCACACCAUGUUCGGCUGCGCCAAGCAGCCCGGGAUCGUGUACCGGGCGCUCAGGGACAUACUAGAGGGAGGAAGAGGAGGAGGUAACUCGAGUGGGGGUGAAAACGAUGGCCGCGGCGAGGACGAUGCCGGGUUCGGGAUGGGGCUGUUCGUGCAGGUUGCUGUACUUGAGAUAUACAACGAGGAGAUCUACGAUUUGCUAGUUGGGAGCGGAGCGAAUGCAAAAGGAAACGCCCCCAAGGCGAGGCUAGAAGUAAUGGGGAAGAAAGCCAAGAAUGCAACUUACCUAUCUGGAAAUGAAGCAGGGAAGAUAUCAAAAGAAGUUGCCAAAGUGGAGAAGCGGCGCAUUGUCAAGAGCACACUUUGUAAUGAGAGGAGUUCACGAAGCCACUGCAUGAUAAUCUUGGACGUUCCAUCGGUGGGGGGCAGGCUCAUGCUUGUAGAUAUGGCUGGUUCUGAGAACAUAGAAGCAGCAGGUCAAACUGGAUUUGAAGCCAAAAUGCAGACCGCGAAGAUUAACCAAGGGAACACAGCUUUAAAACGAGUGGUUGAGUGUAUUGCUAAUGGUGAUUCGCAUGUUCCAUUUCGAGACAGCAAGCUCACAAUGCUAUUACAGGAUUCAUUUGAGGACGACAAAUCAAAAAUCCUGAUGAUUCUCUGUGCAAGUCCUGACCCAAAGGAAUUGCACAAGACAGUUUCUACAUUGGAGUAUGGUGCUAAGGCGAAGUGCAUUAUCCGAGCUGCCCACGCUGCAACACCAAGGGACAAAAUGAGCUCUGAAGAGUCAUCAACAAUGCUGAAUUCAAGAAUUGUUGCAAUGAACCAGUUCAUCUACAAUCUCCAGAAGGAGAAUAAGCUAAGGGAGAAAGAGCGCAAUGAGGCCCAGAGUGUGCUAAGGAAAAAGGAAGAGGAGCUUGCGCAGCUCAGGGCAAAGCUCAAGCUCAUUGAAGGUCAGGGUGCAGCUGCGAAGGAGGAGGAGAUCAACUCAAAGGUUAUGGAGAAGACCCAGACAUUGAGGACUGAGCUAAUGAAGAUGGAAGAGAAAAUGCUUAGGCAGCAGCAAGAACUCUUUGCUUUGCAACAACGUCUGAAGGAGGCUGAGCGUGAAAAGCCUGUGCAGCAGGAUAUCAUCGGAGGUAGACUGUUGGCACGUUUAUCAGAGAUGUCUGUAAGGGCGGAUCAGUCCAUGUCAAUGGACAUGUCCAUUGAUUUUGAUGCGGGAGAUCAGCCAGCUGUGCAAGACGUGAACGUGAUCAAGGAGGAUACUCACCAGCAGGGCCAGAUGUGGAACCAGACAAACUCUGCAGGCUCUUGCACCAGCGCUGUGGAGCAAGAAGAUGUUGUAAGACUGUCCGGGUACCCAGAAAAGGUGGCCCUGAGCACUGUAUUUGAGGAGGGAGAUGAAGAAGAAGAAGACAAGGACAGUGGCGUUGAAGAAGAAGUGUGCAAGGAGGUUGUCGAAGAGAGCUAUGUAAUGCAACAACCGCUUGCAGAGCCUGAAGACCCUGCCACAAGGAACAACCGGAUUCAGAACAUUUUCAGGCUUUGCGGGAACCACCGAGAGAUUGCCAAGCACUCGAGUGUCCAGUCACCGGCAAAGCAGGCGUUCAGGGAUGAGCACAGUGAGCCUGCAAAGCAAGUAUUCGGUGAUGAAAACAUGCAGCCUGCAAAGCAAAUAUUCGGAGAUGAGAACGUGAAGCCUGCAAAGCAAGUGUUUGGAGAUGAGAACAAGGACCCGUCAGCAUGGGGAGCAAUGGAACCCCCGAUGUGCGACGUCAGAGUGACCGACAGCCCAGUAUCCUCGCAGCUUUCACCCAUCGUCUGCCAAGUCGUGGACGAGGCCAAGCUGCUACCAGUCUCGGAGCAGCAGACGAAAGCUCCCCAUGAUGAGAGGGAGAACAACAGAGCUUCCGGACAGGAGCAAGAGGGCUUGCUUGAUGUCUACAUCAAAUGGGAGUCUGGUCAUCUGAUAAAAGGCCUGAAAUUGCUGAGCACCUCGUGCCUCUCUGACCUCAGGAAGCUCCUGGAGGCUCACUUCGAAGAAGCAGGCAGCAAGCAGAAGCACCAGUUCACCUUCCUCCUCCUCGGGGAUCCUUGCGGCGCGCCGGUGUCCAAAGAGAAGGAGGCAGGGGUGCCGAUAGGCAAGCUGCCCAACUUCAACAACCAGCCCAACUGCUUCCUGGCCUGCUUGCGCGCCGUCAAGAAGCCGGCGGCGGCGGAGCAGCUGCCGUUCAGCCCACUGGAGAGCAAGCUCAAUUCGGCAUUGAACGACGUGCACCGCGCCGCCCUCUCGCCGAAGGUCGCUCCCCAGAUGAGCCCUAACUACAUCCGCGAGCUCAGAGCUUGAGCUUGAGCUCUUCCAGCAGAAGAAAGAAUGGAAGUAGAUUCUUUUCGUUGGUUGUCACCGGCGGCAUUUCACGGUGACAACGAUGUAUCAUCAUCAUCAUCUAUUUUUAUGAUCUAUGUCUUUUUAUUUUCUGUAAAUUUGCUUAGCUAGUCUGGUUCUGCAAACCUCAACUCUGUAACCAUGUUACACGAGUGAAUGUGGCUUAAAAAGACAUUGUGGUCAUGCGUCUGUGGCC